AUGGCAGAUAUGCGGGGAAAUGAGAGAGAAGAAGGAAGGAAGUUUGGUGAGACGAAAGGGAUUUGGAAGAGAUUUAUGUAUGGUUUGAUUCCAUUGUCGCGCAAAAAUUUCAAGGAACAGAAAAUUGAGAAAUCGAGGUCAUCAAAGCUACUGAUAAGACUGUUUCUAUUGAAGAAGCUAGUGAUUGAUAUGGGCAAAAGUAGCAAGGAUAAAAGAGACGUUUAUUAUAGAAAGGCUAAAGAAGAAGGAUGGAGGGCACGUUCAGCAUUUAAAUUACUUCAAUUAAACGAGCAGUUUGAUCUAUUCAAAGGAGUCACAAGAGUGGUAGAUCUAUGUGCUGCACCGGGUUCAUGGUCCCAAGCACUUAGCAGAGAAAUAUUUGGGAAGCCACACUCGGAAGAUGCCAGAAUCGUGGCAGUGGAUUUACAGCCGAUGUCACCAAUUGAUCAUGUGACUACAUUACAAGCAGAUAUCACGCAUCCAAAGACAUUGGAGAGAAUUCUCGAGAUCUUUGGAGGCAAAAAGGCGGAUUUUGUUUGCUCUGAUGGAGCGCCAGAUGUGACAGGAUUGCACGAUUUGGAUGAGUAUAUUCAAGCGCAAUUAAUUUUAAGUGCUUUACAGUUAGCCACCUGCGUAUUGAAAGAAGGAGGAACAUUUGUGGCGAAGAUUUUCCGAGGCAGAGAUAUCGAUCUUCUGUAUAGCCAAUUAGGUUACUUGUUUGAUAAGGUGAUAUGUGCUAAACCAAGAGCAUCCAGGAGCAGUUCUCUGGAGUCUUUCAUUGUUUGUAUUGGAUAUAAAUCAAGACCCGGAUGGAAGCCUGAGUUGAAACCUGAGUUAUCUACAGAGCAAUUUUUCCAGGAGAUGGGUAUAGGACGAGCUGAGUUAAGGAAGAAUUUGAGCUUGGAUCAGGAGGAAAGGAAGGUGGCACCAUUUGUGGCGUGUGGAGAUCUUAACUCUAGCUAUGAUUCCGAUGCUACUUACUCGUUAGAUACUGGUGUGGAAAAGAGUAGUUUAGAUCCCGUUCAAAUGCCUACUGCUCCUCCUUACAAGAAGGCUUUAGAAUUGAAGAGGAAGGCUGGAGGCCAUGCUGCUGGAAAGAAACAUGCUACACAACUAUUAGAAAAUGGACUUCGAGACAGAUUCGAUAACAUCAAUAUUAAAAAAGUUGAUAUGACCCACUUUCUGUUUCCUUCUAAAGUGAUUGAUGGAUCGAGGGACCCAUCCUGCUUUGAUUUUGAAGCCAUAGAUAGUUAUGUCAGAAAGUUGGAGAACGACUCCACUGUCGAUAUCAUAGUAGUGUAUGGUCUUUAUGCACUCUAUGAUCAGAAUCUAUUGGAGUCCGGGACCGUAAGAAUUUUCAUCGAUACAGAUUCUGAUGUCCGAUUGGGUAGAUGGAUUAAAAGGGAUGUUCUGUUACCCGCCCAGAAAGAUCCACUGCUCAAAGCUCAACAGUCACAAAGGCUCAAGGAAUUGUUGUCUGUCUAUUUGAAAAAGUCCAGAGUUGAAAUGAAAAAUUAUGUGAUACAGACCAAAGAAAAAGCUGAUGUAGUACUUCCCAAUGCCGCAGAAAUGGGUGGUAUUAUGCUCAUUGUGGACGGACUCGAUCCAAUCUUGAGACGUAAGUCUGCUGACAAGUUUGGCAUCACCCGGGAAUUGACUAGAAGAGAGAGUAUUAUACCUGAAGGCAGUAGUUUGAGAAAAUCCAUACAGCAUGUCUUUGAAGAAGCCCAAGCGGGACCAACGGUAUCUUCUAUUGGAGAGGAUAACUUCAGAAAUCAAAACACCCAUUUCUACGAUCUUAAUUAA